GAAAUUUAAAACGAAUAAAAUCUCCCCAACUGAUAAAUCACUAGAUAGUGACCAUUAUCAUGUUCAUCUAAUCGAUUAAGUUUUAGUGUGACCACUAAUCUAAGAGACACAAAAUAGAUAGAAUUUAAUCAGGAUUAGGUAAAUACAGUACUAGGGACUAAUCAGCAAUUAAUCAAGCAUAAAUAUCUCAGUCCUACGAGGAAUCAGUUACAGACUAAAGAAAUAUGUCAUAACAUGUUAGACUUCGACACUAGAUAUUAUAGAUUUAACUUCCAUAGGGAGCAUCAUUGCGUUUUGAAAGUGCCUAAAAUUCCUAGAUAGAGCACAUUAAUUAAACAUCGAAAAUGUUAGUUACCGUUGCGACUUCUCUUUUUUCUUCGAUAUUUUUCUUUUUUUUUUUGGUUAGAAUUAAUGAUAUUAAUAAUCAUUAAUGCUAUUCUUUUCCCUUAUAUAUUUAGCUCAAACAUUAUUAUUUCCUGGCCUUACUCCAACUAUUUUUAAUUUACCUUCAUGUUUAACUUGUACAAAUACAUUAACACCAAUAAAAUCAAUAACGGAUCAAUUAAUCAAUGAAAAAGGUGAACAAAAUGAAAUAAAAGAAGAACUUUUUACAAAGAUUACUAAAUCAAUUUAUUUACAUCAAAAUGAAUUGAAUAAUAAUACUACUAAUAAUACUAAUAAUAAUAGUAAUAUUAAUAAUAAUCCCUCAACUAUAAUAAAUAAGAUAAUAAAUCCAACUGAAUUAAUAUUGAAUUAUGCAACAAAUUAUUAUUUACAUGGAAAUCAUCAAUCAUUCAAUAAUAAAUGUUUAACAGAAGAAGAUAUUAUUGAAGGAGAAGAAGGGGAUGAUAUGAAAAAAGAUGAAAUUUCUACAUGUACUAGUCCUGAUGAAACAAUAUUAAAAGAAUUUGAUAAUGAACUAUCUUCAAAACGUGUUGAUUCAUCUGACACGGAACAAUUAGACUUAAAAACAACUUCAUUAUGGUUAACAGAAUCUGAUAUACAUUCUAUACCAAAUCUAGUUGAAUCCAUUAAAAAAUACUGCUCAAAUGAUGAAUGUGGUUUUGAUGUAUGUCGAUCAUCUAAACUGAGAGAACAUUAUCAUUGUAGUAUAUGUAAUAAGAUUAUUCUACGACGUGAAGAAAUGAUAAGACAUGCUAAAUGGCAUAGAAAACGUGAAGAAAGUAUGCAAUAUGGAUUUAUGCGUUAUAGUCCAUGUGAUGAUUGUACCAUUAUUUCUUGUCCACAUAAUGGACGUCAAACACAUUAUCAUUGUAUGCAAUCAAAUUGUGACAAGGUAUAUGUCAGUACAUCAGACGUACAAAUGCAUGCAAAUUAUCAUCGUAAAGAUGCUGUUAUUAUACAAGAGGGUUUUCAACGAUUUCGUGCAACAGAAAAUUGUGGUAUUACCAAAUGUCCAUUCUAUAAAGAAUGUACCACACAUUUUCAUUGUCGACGUAAUAAUUGUCAUUUUACAUUUAAAAAUAAAGCUGAUAUGGAAAAACAUAAAGUACAUCAUCAGAAAAAUGAUAGAUUUGCACAAGACGGAUUUCGUCGUUAUAUAAAAUGUGAAAAUUGUGAUUUUCCCGAUUGUCAAUAUUCUGGCGUAAUAAACCAUAUUCAUUGUAUUCGACCAGGAUGUGAUUAUGUAAUACAUUCAUCUAGUCAAAUUAUGUCACAUAAACGAAAACAUGAUAGACGAUUUGCUACAUUUUCACCUAAAUACAUAAAUAUGUUAUGUCAUGAUGAUGUAAAUCAAACAUUUUCUCCAUCUAAUCAAACCAAUAAUAAUAAUAAUGAUUUAAUCAGUACUAAUGAAAAUAAAAUCAAUAAAGUUGAUUUCAAUAUUGAUCUCAAUACAAUUGAUCCAUUAGAAAUAAAUACUCCUAUAAAUAAUUUAAAACAAUCAUUUCAUAAUGAAUUUAAAUUAUUACAAACAGAUUUAAAUAGUAAUUUUAAUGAUUUAAUUACUACAAAUAAUUUUUUAAAUAAACUAUCAAAAUUUGUUGCUAUGUGUAUAUGUCGACGUGAAAAUUGGGAACAAUUAUUAAAAAUCAAUAAUUUUGAUUAUCAUUUAAAUGAUGAAAAUUUAUUAUAUAAAAAAAUUGAUAAAAUUCUUAUAUCUAUAUAUCAAUCAUAUAAUCAAUAUUUAAAUAAAUGUUUUUGGCCAGGAUGUAAUUCAAAUAAUAAUAGUAAUAUGAUUGAUACUACUACUACUACUACUACUACUACUAAUAAUAAUAAUAAUAACAAUAAUAGCAGUAAUAAGGAUAAUGACGAUGAUAAUGUAAAACAAUAUGAAAACUCUUCGAAAACUUGGUGUAAAUAUUGGUUAUCACAUUUAUGGGAAGCAUGUUUAUCAUUUUAUGCUUAUAUAGAAUGUAAUCAAUCGAAUUGCCCGAUUCAAUCCAAUAAUAAUAAUGAUAAUAAUGAUCAUAUUCAUUGUCGUUUUUGGCCAAAAUGUAAUUUUAUUAAUUUAUCAAAUCAAUUAAAUUUUCAAAUAUUAUAUAAACAUUUUCUUUCACAUAAUGAAUAUUUAAUUAAUAAUUCAUUAAAUUAUAUUGAAAAUCAAAAUCAAUAUCAUGUUACCAUAGAUACAACAUAUAAUCAUUUAAUAAAUCCAAAACGUAGAGGUAGACCACCAAAAUAUGCUAAACAUAUAUAUGUUCCACAUAUUAAUCCACCUGAAAAUUUAUGUAUAGAUAACAAAUAUACUAUUGAUUUAACAUAUUCAAUGUUUUUUGAUUCAAUAGAAAAUAAUAUUGAUCAAAAUGUAUUAUGUAAUCAUGUUAGCAACUAUAAUACUAUAUUAUUACGUAAUAAUAAUAAUAAUAAUAAUAAUAAUGAGAAAGAACAAAAUCAAUUUAAACAUAUAAAAUAUGCUGUAAAAUUAUUUUUACCUAAUGAAAUUUGUCCAGAUAUUAAUUGUCCUUAUUAUAUAACCCAUGAACAACAUUAUCAUUGUGUUAAACCAAGAUGUUAUAUGUCUACUAAUAGAUUAGAUUUAAUAAAUAUGCAUCGUCGUGAAUUUCAUCAACAUACUAUAAUAGAAAAAGGAUUUGAAUAUUAUGAUAUUAGUAUUGAUUGUCGUCGUCCAUUAUGUCAUAAUAAUAAAAUAAAUAAACAUUUUCAUUGUAUUUAUCCAAAUUGUGAUUAUACAUUUAUACGUGCUAGUACAAUGCAACAACAUUUAAAAAAACAUACAGAAAAUUUAAAAACUACACAAAAUAAAAAUCAAUCAAUUGUUUCUAUGGCAACAAAUAAUUCAUUAGAUAUAUGUAAAUCAACAAUAAAAUUAAAUACAUCAUCAAAUAUAGAUAUUAAUAUGAUGAAUAAUUCAAAUAAUAUAAAAUCAAUCAAUUCAUUACAUCCAAUUGAUAUACAUUCAGAACAAUUAUCUAUACCAUUAUGUAAUUAUCAAAAUGAAAACUUGUUAAAUCAUCCAUCAUUACCAAUUAACGAUAAUAAUAAUAAUGAUAAUAAUAAUAAUGAUAAUAAUAAUAAUAAGCAUGUGACAAAGAAGGACUGUACAGAAGAUUCAUCAUUACCUGGUUUACAACCUAUUUGGACUGCUGCAAUGGUUACAGCUACUAAUGAUGUAACAAUGGUAUCAAUUAGUUCACCAGUGAAAAUAGAUUGUUCAUCUGAAUGUACAAAUGAAUGUUUAUGAGAUAUUAAUAUUCUAUUCAAUUAAUUAAUAAAAAUGUAUAUAUAUUUAUAUGUAUAUCUUCAAGGAGUCAGUUCAUAUGUUAGUUAGUAUAGAAUAAAAUCUUGUCCAAGAAUUAACUAUCUAUAAUUAAAUCACUAAAAACAGAAUUAACUCCGGUAGAAUAACUCCCACUACUCUCAGUCAAUGAUGAAUUAUUCUUUUUCGCGCCCAAUGAAUGCCUAUCCGUGUAUUACAUACAUACUUGUGAUACGUGAAUGAUAUAUAUUCAUGACUUAAUAAUUCAUUCUUCAUUUAUUUCUUAAAUUGUUUUUGCUUUUAAUUGGUUAUUAAUGUCUACAAGCUAAACAAUAACUAACCAUCUUUUAAUCAGUAUUGUUAUGACUACUUAUUUCAUUUUAAGUAGUAUUAUAUGCAUAUAGCUGUGUAUUUACAAGUGAUGUAUUUAUCAUAAUAAAAGAAUACUUUCAUUAUUCAUAAUUUUCUUUGUAUCCACCGGUUCAUACUGAAUAUAUUUCAUUAAAGAAAACUUAUUCUAUCCUUUUUUUCAUUGUGAACAUGUUUUUAUUGAUUCUUAUUAAGUUCACUGUUAAAAUGUUUUUUUUUUCUCUUUCUCUCGGAUCUUUACUCAUCGUUUAAAAGACAAACAUGAAAAAUUGUUCGUUUUGUAUACAAUAAUUACAAUUAUCAGCUUUUCAUUUGAUUAUUGAUUCAUAGUAUUAUUUAUUCUCAAAUAUUUCUUUGAUAUCUGCUUACUACUUAUUAAUUAAGUAUAGUAGUAUAAAACAAAAGCCUUUAAAUUGUAAAAGUAUGUUGGCGUUAAGACGCUCUUUUUUUCCCUAGUGUUACAUUUACCUAUCUACCU